GUCUGAAGAAGGGCGGCUUCGAGAGGGGCCCGUGGGUCGCAGGAGCGAGGCUUCACCGCGUCUCCCGCUACCCCCAAGCCGAGCAAGGAUGAGGAGGGCCGGGCUGGGUGAAGGAGCUGCUGGCGGCAAUUAUGGCUACAGCAACAGUGGGUACAGUGUAUUUGAGGAAGAAAAUGAGAAGUUAACUGAAAGUUUGCGUUCAAAAGUCACUACCAUAAAAUCACUUUCCAUUGAAAUUGGAUCAGAAGUUAAACAGCAAAAUAAAAUGCUAGCUGAAAUGGACAAUGAAUUUGAUACAACAAGUGGAUUUCUUGGUGCCACGAUGGGUAGACUGAAAACACUCUCCAGAGGAAGCCAAACAAAACUCUUAUGCUACAUGAUGCUGUUUUCACUGUUCGUUUUUUUUGUAAUUUACUGGAUUAUUAAAUUGAGGUGAUGCAUAUUCUCCAAUACGAGAUGAUUUGCGCCACGUCAAGAAAGGUAUCUGUGAAAAAUGAUCUACUAUUUUUUGUAAACUGCAUUAAGUAUUAAUGCGUGUGGUUUCUCAAUCAUUAUCAGGCCAGAACUACUACUACUAUUUUAAAAACCCUUAUUUUGUAGGGUUCUUAAAUUGAAUUCUGCUCAAGGCUGAGCACUUUGUAGAGCCCCCCCAAAAGAGAAGUUACAUUGUGAAGUGUAUAUAUUAAGAAUGACGUGAAAAGGAUUUUU